AGGGGCUGCCUUGGCCGGAGGGACUACAUUCCCCGUCGUGCUUUGCGGGCCCGCGGGACCCGGAUGAGGAGGCGGAGGAUGGAGGCCGCUCCGCUCCGGCGCCACCGGGGUCUCUACAAGGGAGCCGCCCGCCCGCCCUGGAAGGACGCCUUCCGCCAGCGCUGUGUCGAGAGGCUGAAAAACAGCAGGGCUCGGCUGCUGGAAAGAUACCGAAAAGUGGGAGACAAUGCCUCUUCUGUGGAAGAAAAAGAGGCCCUUUUGGUGCAAGAAGUGAUGGAGGUAGAAUGGAAAGCAGAAGCCUUUGCAGAGGCGCUGGAAGACUCUGAGCUGGCUGUCCUGGAGGAGAUCCAACGGGAGCUGAUCUGGCAAGAGCGACAACGGGCUGCCCUGGAGGAGUACGAGCAGAGCCUGCGCUUCGAUGAGGAGAGCCUGAAGGCCGCGCUGCAGGGCCUGGAGGAAGAGCCAAGCGUCCUCUGCCCCAUUUGCAGGAGGCACUCGCUUGGCGUGACGAGCCGCUCAGUGGCGUGUCCAUGUGGGCUGCACAUUGCCACACAGGAGAUGACUGAAGACAGACUCCGCUCGCUGCUGGGCGAGGCCAUGAUGGAACACAACCAGCACUGUCGUGGCAGCCCCGAAUUUGCCAUUACGAGCGGGAUGGAAGGAGAGGCCACGCUACUCAUGAGCUGCAAGGUGUGCAAUGCUCAGAUGCAGCCACAAGGAGGCAGUGUAUAGAUAGAAAGGAUUAGCUAUUGGAUUCUAGGGAUGUUUGUGAUUCCUGGGCUGUCGUUUUAUGAUCUUAAUGGGCGACUCCAUCAAUGCCGUCGUCUUCCAAGAAUCACUGUGUUGAUGAACGUAUGUGUGAGAACUGCACAAUGUGUAUAACCAUAAAGAGCACUUGGAGGUUGUGUUGUUAUAUGGAACGAUGCUGGGUUGUUUGUUUGUUUUGUUCUGCUGUCAGAUAGAGUUUUGCUUUUAAGUCAAGAUUUGGGCAUGGGGCACAAGGAUAUCAUUAAAAGCUAUGGAAAGAC